ACGUGCGCCACCCCUGCCCUUAUUCGGCGCUCUAUAUGUUUUGCGCGGCCAAAAGCCGGUUGCUAACCCCCCUCUUUGAAUAAGCCGGCCUAGGUUUUAGCAGCAAGCUUCCCGCACUCGUUUUGUGGAGGGGGGGUCCACGAACCCUUUCUUCCUUCUCAACCAUCUACGACUGACCCACAUCCAUACGCCGUCUUUUACACACACCACUCACUCACUGACCCACCCAUCGACACUCGCUUGCGCACAUCAUGGCCUCCUUCUAUGACCAGCUCGUCAACGCGACGGGGCCCUCGGCCAAGAACAUCUCGCUGUUUGCCGUGCCUGCCAUGUGGCUCGUCAACAUGUCAGCCCACUUCUACGCCAUCAGCCUGACCCGUGGCAAGUUUACCAAUGCCUCGCCGCGCGGCUACGUCAACGACGUUGCGCGCAAGGAGAAGAAGGCCGCGUGGGAGCAGAAGUUCAUCCGCGCCGAGGCGGCUCAGAUGAACGGAUUCGAGAACAUUGGCUGGUUCGCCGCGGCCGUCGUCGCCGGCAACUUUGCCAAGAUCCCCGCUGCCGAGCUCAACACCCUCGCCGGCGGCUACCUCCUCACGCGCAUCCUCUUCACCUUUGUCUACAUCCAGACGACCGACGAGGUCCUCUCGGCCCUCCGCUCGGUCCUCUACGUCGCCGGCGUGGCCAUCAACUCGACGCUCUUCAUCAAGGCCGGCCUGCGCCUCCAGUAAGGGCGUAGUCAUCUCUCCUUAGGACACGGUUCAUUCAUGUAUCAGU